AUGAUUCUGGAGCUUCUCGACGUUUGUCUCUGGCACCUCAGCCCCCCCCCCCCCUGGCCAUACAAGCAAGGACGACAGAAAGACUUCUCCAACUUCCCCUCUUCUCCCUUUACUCUUGCUCCGUCUCCCGCGCAAAGGGACAACUUGGCCCGCAUCCGAGAUAACCAGAGGAGAUCGCGCGCCCGGCGGAGAGAGUAUGUCCAUGAGCUCGAACAGCGGCUCAGGGUGUACGAGCUCCAGGGCGUCGAGGCCUCCACUGAAGUCCAGAUGGCUGCGAGAAGAGUAGCAGAGGAGAACAGGCAGCUGCGGGAACUGCUCAACAGACACGGUGUUUGCGACGACCACAUCGCCCAUUACCUGCAGUCGGGCACUUUUGCACCCCUCGAUGCCGAACAGAACCACCCGUUUCGCGCCGGUGACGCCGGAACGGCUGUACAGUCGCUGCACCAUGUGAUGCUGCCGCGACGGCUGACCGGCCUGGACCAAAGCAUGCCGCUCCCUGUGCCGGGCCAGUCGAGCCGGGAGACUUCGACGGCCAGCGGGUCAACGACAAGCUCGUCCGUCUGGGAACCGUCGCAGCCGUCGAUGGCUUCGUACGGCCACCAGCGUCACAUGGGCAUGUCGGCCGCAGUCAUGGGCUCGGCCGUCCACGCCCAGUACCCCCCGAGCAACCUGCCCGGGGGUCACAACACGGGCCGGCAAGACGCCGUCUUCGGUGGGCAGGCGUCCCCCUCGAUGCUCAACAGCCCCGGCCAGACGAUGCCUACGACACAGGCCAUGCAAGCUAGCCGUCCGCUCAUGAACUUGCAAUAUUCGUUGCCGACUUACCCAGACUCGACGAUGCCGCACUACGGCCCUCCGGGAAGCGGCUGCUGA